CUUUUCCAUGGUACGUAUAGCUUUAGAACAAGCCCAGUUUCUCAAGUCAUUACCAAUUUCUUGAUAAGUUUUCCAAAUCCUUCACAAAAAUUUCCACACCCUCAUCCCUAUAAAUUCCAAGAGAAACACACAUCUAUUUUCAUCCAUUGCCUAAGAUCUUAAACAAACUAAAAAAUGGUGUUCUGCAAGAAUUCACUAGCUCUCUUUUGCCUCAUUAGCCUAGCCAGCUUAAUCCUACCAUUGAAUGCCCAAGACUCACCACAAGACUACCUUAAUGCCCAUAACCAAGCACGAGCAGCUGUGGGUGUUGGACCUAUGACUUGGGACAACAAAGUGGCAGCCUUUGCACAAAACUAUGCUAAUUAACGGGCCGGUGACUGCAAUCUCGUGCAUUCCAGCAAUCGUCCUUACGGGAAGAACCUUGCGAAAAGCAGCGGUGACCUUUCAGGCAAAGAUGCUGUGAAACUGUGGGUUGACGAGAAGGCCUUCUACGAUUACAAUUCUAAUUCUUGUGCCGCAGGCAAGCAGUGUGGGCACUAUACUCAGGUGGUUUGGCGCAACUCAGUUCGCCUAGGAUGUGCUAAGGUGAAGUGCAACAAUGGAGGAACCUUCAUUGGAUGCAACUAUGACCCUCCUGGCAACUUUGUUGGGCAGCGACCUUAUUAAUUAAAAUCUUCAUGGUAUUCAAGUUGUCUGUUAGCUUGUUCCAUUUUCAUUAAUAAGUGAAGAAGCUUGUUCGGUGGUCUCAACUCUAUGUCAAAGCUGUUUCUUUGCAGCUGUCUUCCUGCAGUAUUAGUAUGUUUGUCGUGGGAAUAAUGUUGUGGCUGAUCAUCUGCUUGCCGUAAGAGCUCUUGAUGUUCAUGAGUGUGAAUUUUUCUAUUGCAGUCUUCCUUUGAAUGUUGCUUGGGUUAUUUCUAAGGAUAUAUUGUUGUUUAA